AUGCUAUAUUUUCUUUUACAUAAUGAGACUACUGAACGUCAGAUCCGUCCAAGAGACCCCACCGAACUGUUUCCGUCCAGCUACCUGACGACAUCAUCUCUCUGGUCCCAUCAAGUUCCGGAGCUAGUCGGAGUGACUGAUCACGUUCAUCGAGUCCGCCACGUGUGGAAGCUGAAUUAG